AUGCCUGUCGACCCACAAAAACUACCCGCUUACCCACCGCUAGCCACCGUCGAGCAGAUCAUCCUCAAGGAGAAGCGCGGCAAUUGCGUCCCUGUCUAUGUCGAACUCCCUGGCGAUCUCUUGACACCAUGUGUUGCGUACUUGAGAAUAGCUAAGGAUGCGAAGUACAGCUUCCUCCUCGAGUCGGUCGUAGCAGGCGGGCAGAUCGCGCGGUACAGUUUCAUGGGGGCAGACCCGUUCAAGGUGAUUCGGACAGGUCCAAAUGAGGAGAACACGGGUGACCCCAUGGCAGCCCUGCAGAAGGAGCUGAACGUCUACCGAUACGUGAAGCUCCCCGAGGUGCCCACAUUCACCGGCGGCGCGAUUGGCUAUGUCGCGUACGACUGUAUCCAGCAUUUCGAGCCGAAGACGAAGCGCGAGCUGAAUGACACCCUCGGUAUCCCAGAGGCCAUCUUCAUGCUCGUCGACACGCUCCUCAUCUACGACCACCUCUACCAGAGUGUCAAGGUCGUCUCCCAUGUGUUCAGUCCUAGCACCGCGGGCGCCGUAAACUUGUCCUUCAUCUACCAGACCGCUGUAGCGAAGGCACGGAGGCUGGCGAAGAUGGUGCUGAGUUCAUCGCUUCCGGAGGUCCCGCAGCCGCCAAUCGUUCUUGGUAACAGGGCUGUCUCGAACGUGGGGAAGGAGGGCUACGAGCAUUUUGUCACUGAUUUAAAGAAGCACAUCGUGGCGGGCGACAUCAUCCAGGCUGUUCCCUCGCAACGGCUCGCGAGGCCGACGACUCUGCACCCAUUCAACGCCUACCGCCAUCUGCGCCGAGUAAACCCGAGCCCAUAUAUGUUCUAUCUGGAUUGUGGCGAGCUGCAAUUGGUCGGUGCCAGUCCGGAGACGCUCUGCAAGGUGGAGAAAAACAAAGUGUUCAACCACGCCAUCGCGGGUACCGUUCGGAGAGGUCUGUCAAUCGAAGAGGAUGAACAGCUGGGACAGCAGUUGUUGUCUUCGGAAAAAGACCGAGCAGAGCACAUCAUGCUGGUCGAUCUUGCGCGCAACGAUGUCAACCGUGUUUGCCAACCGAGCACCGUCAAGGUUGACCACCUCAUGCGGCUAGAGAAGUUCAGCCACGUUACACACCUGACGUCCCAGGUCUCUGGCCAGCUUCGGGAGGGAAAAACGAGAUUCGACGCUUUUCGUUCCAUCUUCCCAGCCGGCACAGUCUCAGGUGCUCCAAAAAUUAAGGCGAUUGAGCUCAUCUACGAGCUCGAGAAGGAGCGGCGUGGGGUAUAUGCAGGAGCAGUUGGCAGAUUUGACUUCGCGGAUGACGAGAUGGAUACCUGCAUCGCGAUACGAACUAUGACGUUCAAGGACGGUGUGGCUUACCUGCAAGCAGGAGGUGGAAUUGUCUACGACAGUGUCGAAGAAGACGAGUAUAUAGAGACAAUCAACAAGCUGAAGGGCAACGUCAGGGCGUUGGAAAGAGCUGAACAAUACUGGCACGAAAUCCAGACGUCAGGUGCUGGCACCUCCGCGUAA